GUCAUGGGCAGAGCUUCAAAGGGUGUGUUUCAUGUACCACUGCAGGAAAAAAAAAAAGCUCACACAAGGCGGAAGAACAGUCAAUAGGCUGUGGAGGAGACUGAAUCUAUUCAGGGACGGGGACAAAGGAAGAUGGAGGAUUACCGAUAAAAAAUGAUCCAACUGGAGGAACACCAACUGCAAAGCUGACUGCUGAACAUGAGACGGUGGGGCGAGCAAGACACUCAGAGUCUCUCACUCUAAACCGCAGAGCAAGUCCCAACCCUCCCAAACCCACCCCCCACUCCUCAUCCCAGUCUAAAUCACACCGCUGCUCACUUCUUUAGACCACAUCGGGGAGUUCCUGGAUGGUGUGCUUGAUUUAGCACAUAAGCUAGAGCGGAGUGUGCUUUAAAGGACUAAUGAGUGCGGGGGUGUCUUGUGUGAGUUGGAUGGGAUACUGAAAGAUGUGUGUGCCUCAGCAUCGUUGGAGGGGCUAUUGGGGGCUGGGCUCCCCACUCCCCCCUCUGAUUCUACUCCUUUCUUUGUCCUGCCUCCUCUCCAAGUGUCCGUCUGUUCAUGGAGCCAUCCACAUCCCUAAGCAUUAUAAACUACAGAACAUAUUACAGCCUCCACAAAUCACAAAGUUUCCAAAAUCUAUCACUGCCUUUUCUCGAGAGGACAUCGACCUGCCCUGCAGUGCAUCUGGUAACCCCACACCCUUUAUCCGAUGGAUAAAAAAUGGCGAAGAAUUUGGGACAGAACAUUUAGGAUCUGGGACGUUGCAAACAAAAGGAGAGGAGGCCGUGGAGAACUAUGCAGGAAACUACCGCUGCUACGCAUCCAACACUUUGGGGACAGCAAUGACCCAAGAAGUAAAGGUCAUUGUUGAAUCAAGUCCUGUUAUUCCAAAGCAAAAAAAGCAGCGUAGAGAAGCCUAUGAAAGAGAGAGCAUCGUCCUGACCUGCAACCCUCCACAGAGUUCCAGUCCGCUAAAAAUUCAUUGGAUGGACUUCACAAUGGUACAUAUUAAUCAGAGUGACAGAGUAAUGACUGGGCUGGAUGGAAACCUGUACUUUUCUAAUCUGCUGAGCAGUGACAGUAGAGAUGACUACAUCUGCAAUGCUCAGUAUGCGGCUGCCUUGACAAUCCUCACUGUAACAGCUGUCAGUCUCACAGUUCUCCCAAGUAAUGAUGUCAUUUACGGCAAGAAAACGGAACUGUUCCGUCCAACCGGAUUGCACUCCUCCAUCCUAGCCCUCAAGGGCGACAGCGUCACCCUAGAAUGUAUUCCAAAAGGCCUACCCACACCUAUAGUUGAGUGGAGGAAGAAGGAUGGCACCCUGAAGGACAUGAGCGGCAGACUCAAAAAUCACAACCGCUGGCUUUAUUUUGAUAACAUAAGCCAGGAGGAUGAUGGAGAAUAUGAAUGUAGAGCCUCUAACAGUUUGGGUUUCGCCACACACACUUUUACUGUAACAGUGGAAGCGGCUCCUUACUGGGUGAAGGAGCCCCAGAACCUUAUGUAUGCUCCAGGGGAAACAGUACGACUUGACUGCCUGGCUGAUGGCAUCCCAACCCCCAGCAUCACCUGGAGCAUGAAUGGACAAGCCCUGGCAGAGGUGGACGAUGAUCCUCGUCGGAGUAUAACCAGCAGCUCAUUGAUACUGAGGGACGUAGAAGUCAGUGACACAGCUGUGUAUCAGUGUGAAGCCACCAACAGGCAUGGUUCUAUCCUCCUGAACACCAACCUGUUUGUUGUAGAGCUCCCGCCUCAGAUCCUCUCAUCUGAUGGGGUGAUAUACAGGGUCAUUGAGGGCUCUGACGUCAACCUGCACUGUGAAUCUUUUGGCUCUCCUCGACCACAUACAACAUGGACACGGGAGGAUAUGGUUCCUUUGCUUGUGGAUCCAAGGGCUUCACUUUUCACCAACGGGACAAUACAGUUGUCCAGUGUGAGCCAUGAAGAUGGUGGAACCUACACCUGUUCUGUUAAGUUCUCCAACAUCUCCAUCAGUGCUAACCUAGAGGUUUUCAAUCAAACCACAAUAUCUGAGGGCCCCAAGGACAUUCGUGUUCUGGAAGGAACAACGGCUCUCUUGGCCUGUGAUUUUUACAAAGAUCCUCGACUGCAGGAUUUUUACGUUAAGUGGAAGAGAGAUGGAGUCGAACUGCAAGGGUCGUUGCCAGAUGACAAGUACACUAUCUUUACCAACGGCACACUAGAAAUGACAAAAGUCCAUUUAAACGACAGUGCACAUUAUUCCUGUGAGGUCAGCACUGUUCUUGACCAUGCCACUGCCAAGGGCUCCAUCACUGUCAUAGCCCGACCGCUCCCCCCGAGGUCUUUAACUCUCUCUGGGGGUAGGGACAGCAGAGUCAUUCUCCAAUGGAUAGAAGGGCCCGCACACAACAGUCCCAUCACAGAGUUCAUUGUGGAAGCAGAAGAGAAACUUCAUACCGGAGAAGGGAAGGGGAUUUGGAAGACGUGGGAAAGAAUUUCUGGAAAUCAAACCCAAGUACAGCUGACUCUACGCCCGUUUUGCACAUACCGUUUCCGGAUCAUUGCUGUUAAUGAAGCUGGGGAAAGCAGUCCAAGUGAACCCACAGAGGACCAUGUUACACCACCAGCUGCUCCUGACAAAAACCCCACUGAUGUUAGCAGCAACUCCAGAGACUCAGGAACUCUUAGCAUAACAUGGACUAAAGUUGAGAAGCGCUUCCACAAUGGUGACAAUUUCCACUAUAGGGUAUUUUGGCGAGAAGCUGAGGGGGCAAGAACAGAUACAAAUUGGAAACAUGCAGAUGUCACAUCUCCACCAUUUCUGGUUGGAAACACAAGUACCUACAAGCGGUUUGAGAUCAAAGUCCAGGCCAUUAACUCGAUUGGAAAAGGACCGGAGCCAGAGAAAAGGAUUGGAUACUCUGCAGAGGAAAAACCUGAAGACUCACCCACUGAGGUUUCAACAACCGUGAAGAAUUGCACAGUGGAAGUGAGAUGGCGCCCACCAAAGAGGGUUCAGGGUCUGCUUAAGGGAUUCAAGAUCUACUUUAGUAGUUUGGGUCCCCGGAGUACAGAGCACCAGAGUUCUUUCAGCAAACAUCACCAUGUCGAGCAAAGAGAAAAACCAGAGGGAAGAAGCCACAAAGACAAAAGGAGCUGGGUGGUGGAGGUUGAAGGCACAAACACAUCAAAGGAAGUUGAUGGUCUGCGUUGGUACUGGCAUUAUGAGCUGUCGGUGACGGCCUUCAACAGCAAAGGGGAAGGCCCUCACUCCCCAUCACGCCGUUUUGAAACCCCAGAGGGAGUUCCAGGUCCUCCUGCAUCUCUGUGGUAUAAAAGCCCUACAGACACAACUCUAAUUUUGCACUGGAGUCCUCCACUUGAUGCCAAUGGUGUACUGCUUGCAUACAUGGUUCAGUACAAGGAGGAGAGUCAAGACAGCCCAAUGCGGAUGCAGAUGAUUCAUGAUCCAUCUGUGAAUCACAUAGUGUUGAAUGAUCUAAACCCAAGCAGCUAUUAUGAGUUUAAAGUUAUUGCACACACUGCAGUUGGAGCUGGAGAGCCCAUCAACCGUAGGUUGGCUACUCUACUUGAAGGAGUUCCUCCAUCAAAUGUUACUGUCGACCCCAGUAACACAUCAUUUAAUCUGAGCUGGACACCUGGAGAGCGACACAGGAACCAUGUUUUUCACAUCUACUACACAAAGAAGACUGGUGCAGCAAGUCAGUGGGAAGAAUCGGAGAUGGUCAACUCCACACAGGGGUUCUACUCACUGACGGGCCUCCAACCAGGAACUCAGUAUCAUCUAAAGAUCAUGCGUGGGAACAACACGCAGUGGGAAGAUGUUAUGUGGACUAUUGGACCAGUGCCGUCAGAGAUGCCUGGAGGGUUGGCCUGGUUGACGGGACUCAUCAGUGCCAUUGUGCUGCUUGUUCUAAUACUAUUUAUCUUCUGCCUUGUCAAGCGCAGAAAAGGAGGCAAAUAUGCAGUGAAGGUCAAAGAGGAGAAGGAGGUGGACUAUGAGGCUCGGCCAAUGAAAGAUGAAACCUUUGGAGAGUACAGAUCGCUGGAGAGUGAUGGAGAUGAGAAGCGUUCAGACAGCCAGCCAUCUCUGUGUGAGGACAGUAAACUGGGGAGCGUUGACUCUUUGGCUGAAUACGGAGACAGUGUUGACAUUCAGUUCAAUGAGGACGGCUCCUUCAUUGGUCAGUACAGCGGCCGCGGAGCCGCCCCUCACGGCUCUAAAAGCUCCGACCCGGCCUCACCUGUCGAUGCUGCUCCGCCUCUUCCCAUUGUUCCAUCCAUGUCGAGCAUCCUCAAUCGGCCCAGCUAGACACACACACAACCCAAUGCCAACAACACAACUGCCAGAAUUUCAGUGAAAGAAUGAACUGUCAGAAUAAAUAUAACAAAGGAGUCAGAAAGGAGUUUGUCCACGUCAUCUUAUACUUGUCUGCAACCUUCAAUGUUCCUGAAUGUACUGAUUCUGCUCUUAAGUAUAACAUCAAGUCAACACUCAAAUGAUCAUCUGUCAGCAAAAGUAAUUUUUUAGAGGCAUUCCACAAACCAUCCCCGCACCAGAAGAUGGGAAGGUAUCCGCCAACACCUCAGAGAAAACAAACCUUUUCCUGAACCUUGUCCUAAAGUGAAUUUGUAGGUCUAUAAAAAUCUUUCAAACAGAAAAGAUCCUACAUUUAGGUGAAAAGUAACCUGACAGAGGAAUCAACAAGGGUUCAUUCAAAAAUAAUGGCCAGACAUUAAGUCAGAAAAAACACUCCUCUGGCUCAUUUUAAGUCUUGAAAUGUGUAACUAAUGAUGGCUAACACAUGAAUAUUUAUGAAAAAUUAUGACGGGCAACUUCAUCCCCUUUGUUGAAUCCCAGCAUCAGCAUCAGAAGAUGGUCCUCCAACUGUCAGUCUCAACUCAGCAUGAGAGAAAACUGAUGUGUGUUGGCAUUCCGAUUUUUUACUUAUGUUUAAUACAACUAACUAAAAUAAAGCAGUGAAGUAGUCUUCAUUGGUAACCAGGGCAAUUUCCUACAAGAGACUAGACAUCCUGUUUGGCAUGCCUGGCCGUAAGACAGAGGAUGUCUGUUUUUUCCUUCAUUCCCAAACCAGUUCUUGCUGCUUGUUUGAGGACUUCACAGCUGCUUGCUCUUAGUUUUGUCACAUCUAAUGAAAAAUACCACAGCUCCUACAGACAUGAGGACAAUUUCUUGUAAGGCUUGUUGGAGUAUGACCUCACCUUUCAGAGGUACAGUUACUUAAAUGUAUAAGUGGAUGAGCAAGUCACCACCAAAAUGUUUUAGGCCAAGUCAGUUAUUCCUCAAAUAACUUUAUAUCCUACUUUCAGGGAUGGUGGCCCACUCAGAACUCUAAAGCUGAUAUAGAAUGAGGCCUAUGGAAUCAUGGAGAGGUUAGGUCUUGGUAGCAAAAUGAACCUCGGCAGGGCAGCAGGGGGAUAGAGAGCCAAAAUGUUGUGAUUCUCAGAGUGUAAAUACAAUUUUGCUGUUGUCACUCCUUUUUUUGAUUAUUGUACGUCUUUAUUCAUAAGAUAGCCAUACUGUAUUUUCUUUCGGAUACCUUGGAUGUGUACUGAAGUAGGCCUUUGCUGCUGCAUUUGUGGUGUACGCUGGACCCCAAAAGUAUCCUUUCAUGUGUCACCUAGUAGUUAGCAGAUUGUCACAGAGAAUUAGAAUCAGAUGCCAGUUUUGCUCUGGAUUUAUCUGUAGUGAUUAGAAAAUAAAUGAAUGAUGAUUUCUGAA